AUGAGAGAACACAAGAUGCCCACAAGAAGUUAUGCAGGUGAUAUCGAGACGACGGCCCAAUAUAUGGUGAAGAAAGUCAAAAAUGUAAAUCUAUCAUGGGAGGAUCUUCAUAAUAUUCAUCCUGAUUACAUCAAGUAUAUCUUGGAAAAAGGGUUUGACAUGCAUGAACGGUUUUAUGCCUACGUCAUGAAGUUUUCUGAAGUAUGUGGAGAUAGUUCGAUGGUUAUAACUAACAUCAUUGAAGAGCUAAAAAUUGCAAAAGCUGGAGGAAACAUCAGCGACGCUGUCGGUUUAGAGAUAAGGGAGACUAGCAAAAAGCUCGGUCAAUUCCAUUCAUACUUUGAAUCAGAAGGAUAUAUUUUUCUUGAUAGUAUAAAUACAUGUGAAAAGGAUUUAAAGAUAGUAAAAGCCAAGGAACGCGAGCAGUUGCCAAUGGAUAGACUAUCUCUCUUCAUGAGAACUGCAGAUGAUUGGGUAGAACGAUUAUACGCUGAAGCCAAAAAGACAGGUGUCAAUUUAAGUGACAAACCUGUACCGAACGAUGUGCUUCUCAAAGAACUAUCCCAUGGAAUGAGCUGUCUGCAGGAUGGGUUCAAAUCUUUCAGUAAUUUAUUGGAUAUUGCCGCUUUUGAUUUGAUUACAAGUUUGGAGUUUUUUAUAGAAGUACAACAAAGACCUAGAACUACCUUGGAUGGGCAAGUUGCUGAUUUUGGCCAAUAUGUUCAACUUCAAGCUGAGAGCAUGAUUAAAAUUGCACAAGCUAUUCAGAAGGGGUUUAAAGAUUUCAAUGCAGAGAUGUCAAAGAACAAGAAACUUGCAUGCAAGUUUUUCGAUAAAUAG